GUUCAGGGCUGCGCGCAUGCGCGCCGAGGGGCGGGGCCGACUCUUCGCCCCGUAACGAAGGUGACGGGCGCGCUCGAGGCGCGGCUCAAGCUUCUGAAACUGAUAUUGAACUAUCAGCAGGACAGUCUCCAGAGGCUCUUCCACCUUUGACAGCAGUGAUUUCUAACUUGGUCUUGGAUCACACCUAGGCAAGUGGAUAAUCAGUAUGCUCUCUGGGAUUGCUCUCCUCUGGGAGCCUGCAUACUGCAUCACAGACUUCUCAAAAAAACAUCAGAGAUCCAGUGCCAAAUUGCCGCAGAAGCAGGGAUGAUUAUACAGAGAGUGGUGCUGAAUUCACGCCCCGGUAAGAAUGGAGUGCCAGUGGCUGAAAACUUCCGACUGGAACAAAGCACAAUAGCAGAUACAAUCCAAGCAGGACAAGUGCGUGUUAGAACCCUUUAUCUCUCUGUGGACCCUUACAUGCGGUGCCGAAUGAAUGAGGAUACUGGCUCGGAUUACCUCCUGCCCUGGCAGCUCUCUGAAGUUGCUGAUGGUGGGGGCAUUGGGGUUGUGGAGGAGAGCAAGCACGAUAACCUUGCUAAAGGAGACUUCGUAACUUCCUUCAAUUGGCCCUGGCAGACAGUGGCAAUUCUAGAUGGAAGCUUGCUACAAAAGCUUGCUCCACAACUUGUAAACGGACGCCUUUCCUACUUUCUGGGUGCAGCUGGUAUCACAGGACUGACAGCCCUCUUAGGUGUAAGGGAGAAAGGACACGUGGCUGUGGGUGCAAAUCAGACCAUGGUGGUGAGCGGAGCAGCUGGUGCCUGUGGCUCUUUGGCUGGCCAGAUCGGCCGUCUGGAGGGCUGCUCUCGAGUGGUGGGCAUCGCGGGCACAGAUGAGAAGUGCUCCAUUUUGGUCCAAGAAAUGGAGUUUGACGCUGCUAUCAAUUACAAGAAGGGGAAUGUUGCAGAGCAGCUCCGUGAGCUCUGCCCAGGCGGUGUGGAUGUUUACUUUGACAAUGUUGGUGGAGACAUCAGUGACACAGUCAUAAGUCAGAUGAAUCAGAACAGCCACAUCAUCCUGUGUGGACAGAUUUCUCAGUAUAACAAAGAUGUGCCUUAUCCUCCUCCGCUGCCUCCUGACACAGAAAAAAUACGGAGAGAAAGAAAUAUCACAAGGGAAAGAUUCCUAGUGUUGAACUAUAUGGACAAACAAGAAGCCAGCGUGUUACAGCUCUGUCAGUGGAUCCAGGAGGGCAAACUCAAGGUCAGAGAGACCAUGGUAGAAGGCUUGGCAAACAUGGGUGCCGCUUUCCAGUCCAUGAUGAAUGGAGGCAAUAUUGGAAAACAGAUCGUCUCAGUUUCUAAGUGAAAAAUAUUUCUUCGGGAAAAAUAAUUGAAUUCAAUCUCUAACAGUGAGCAAGUUUUUCCUUAUACUAAUUUCUUAAAUAAACCAUCAUGUUCUGUAUGUACUGAAAGCAGAGAUUCUGGGAUGCUAAGGCAGAACCUACGCUAAUAAACUAAAUAGGGCUGGAAACAGGAAUGCGAUCAUUUAUACUAGGAACAAGUAAUCUGUUCUUUGACAUGACUUUGGCAGUUGCCGCUAGCACACCUGCAAAUAUUUCACAGGUGUGGUUUGGAAGUUAGAACAUCCCAGGAACCAAUAAGCAGUUUGUGUGCAGCCACCUAGUUUUGGUCGUUAGAAGAAUUUAGUAGAGUAGAUGUGCACCUUCCCGUGCAAGUGUGUCUCACUGCCCAGGAACUUCACUAGGAAUUUUUCAUUUACUGCUGUAAGUUUGCUCUGACAGUCCAAUCGAUCGGACUAACCAUUUUAGAAUGUAACUUCUCAUUUUUACAGAUAAUUGCAAUGAAAAAUUCAGUUUCUGGAAUCCAAGGUCUCUAAUAACAAAGUCAUUUCCAUUUUGCCAUCUGGAACAAAUUUCCACUGAUCUGUCUUGUCCAUCUCCCUGUAUUGUGUCUUUAUAUCCCCUAUUUUCAGAGCACUUGAAACCCAAUUCAUUUACAAUUCCAUUGCACGCAGCCUGAGACUUUCCUCAGAGGUUGGUUCAGGUGUAGGGUGAGCCUCCUGCCUAACUCUUCAUUUAUUUACUCUUCUCAAUUUUUGCAUUCCAGAUUUAAGUAAAGUUUUCUUUUUAGAAUUCCUUUUCUAAACUUCACUGUAUUUUAUGACAAUCUCCCUGAUUUCACUACUUUUUCUAGUUUUAACACCUCUCCAGGGUGACAGACAGGGGAUCUUAAAACACGCUGCCUAAUGACAGAAGGUGACUUUGCAGACAGUUGACCUUCUGUCCCCUCAGUAACUUAUGUUGGCUCAGAUUUUUGGUCUAACAAUGCUCUUUUAUAACUCCAUGCCUAAUGAGACUGAUGAGAUUAAGUAUGUGUCUUCAAAAGCAAGGAACAGAAAAGAAAGUAAGCAAUUAUGUUAACGUUCUUAGAAUUUCUCGACCAUGUACAUUUAGAGACAUUAACACCUAUUUAUUUAGAGAAUAGGGUUGCUCAUGACACAUUCUGAUUUACAGGCUAUUGGGUUUGGUUUUAAUUUGUUUGCCUUAAAGACAAGUGCUCCCAAACAGCAGGGUCAGCUGAGCAGGAGGCUCGGAGGCAGGAGGAAAUGCAGGAGGAAAAACCCAUUGAAUUUGGGUUUUUGUGUGUGUGUGUCUAACUAUACAUCAGUACAUAUGAUGUUUAUUGGGGGCAUGAUGUCACCAUGGUAUUUCUGUAUUUUAUUCCACCCUUGAAGGCUGACCUCUUCCUGCACACAAGUUUCAUCAUCCUAUAAUUUGCAUUUCCCUGUGGUUGGCUCCCUCCGAUCUAUCAAUUUUGCUUGAGUUUCAACAGCCUGUUUUGAGAAAAAUGCCUUUUAUUCUUAAAACUGAGGAAUCUUCUUCUGUUUUAAUUCCAGCCUGUUUGAAAGAAAGUAUAUCAUAGGGUAGUAUCCAAAGCAAGCCAAUUAAAUAUCCUUAUAUUUCAAAAGAAACUUCAA